AAGCGCGCGCUGAAACCACAUGCAUAUCGCCGCCGCCCAAAACAUGCGGUGUGUGUAGAGUACGAGUGUAAACAUCGAAUAUUUUGUGAAUAAAUCUGUAAAAUUUCGUCAGUUUUCAUCGGUCUAGCACCAUCAUGACCGCUCAGCUUUUCAUCGGGAGACUGAGCAAGAGCACCAGACAGAGAGAUAUCGAGGACAUGUUUGAUUAUUAUGGGAAAAUGUCAAGAUGCGAGGUGAAAUGUGGAUCAGGCAUGGCAUAUGCGUUUGUGGAUUAUGUCGACAAGCGUGACGCAGAGGAUGCCAUCAAGCACGAGAACGGACGAGAAGUGAAUGGCCAGAAUAUCGUGGUAGAAUGGGCCCGGGGGCCGAAAAGGGGAUUUGAUGAUGAAUGCUAUCGGUGUGGACGUAGAGGUCAUUUUGCCCGGGCUUGCCGAGACGGAGGAGGCGGUGGAGACUGGGGCCGAAGACGGGGAGGCGGAAGAUCAUAUGGGUAUUCCAGACGCCGUAGCCGAAGCAGGAGCAGGGACCGUUACAGGAGUCGCAGCCGUAGCCCCGAUCGCCGCAGACGUUCAUCUCCGGGAUCUCGAAGCCGAAGCCCCAGGAAAUACAGUCGUUCUCCAUCGCCUCGGCGAUCAAACGGUCACCAUCGCAGCCGAUCCAGAAGCCCUGAUAGGGGCAGAUCGCCCUAGUAACGUUUCCUAAGUGGGAGCAGUUCCUUCAAAGAAAGUAUAUAUAUAUAUUCACCUGCCUUUUUAUUGUUGGAGGAUAUAUUUCUUCCUCCCUUUUGUCCACACAAUCGAGUUCACGUUUUUAUAUCAAGAUGAUAACAUUUUUCUACUUGUAUGUUCCCAUUGUAAGUGUGUUAUUAAGAUGGUGACAUUAUUUGUACAUGUGUGUUACCAUUAUAAAUGUGUUAUCAAUAUUACAUGACAAAAAUUAUGAUGCUUGUCGAAGUUCUGAAGCAAUACCAUGUUUUUGCUAGGUUCUCCUGCAACUUGAUUGGUUUGUCUGUUGACAGUUCAGCACCCAAAGCAACAUUUUUUCUUCAGAAUUUAUGAAAAUAAUAACACCGGCAUACUUUCCCGGGGUAGCCAUUUUAGUUCCGAAACUGUUCUCUCAGUAGGCCCUGGUAUUAUUACCAUGGCUUUAGCUGGGCUGCCAUAAAGGUGCUCAAGGAUUCAAGGGAUUUCUUCCUAACGGGUACCCAUUCACCUCACCUGGGUUGAGUGCAGCACAAUGUGGGUAAAUUUCUUGCCGAAGGAAAACAUGCCUUGGCUGAGAAUCGAACCCAUUACGACCUCCCCCUCCCCGCCCCAUUGUUCUUAAUUUGAUACGCAACAUAAAAAAUCAGAAAGUCAUUUGCUCGAAGUCCAAAUCGAGUCAAAGGUCAUUUGUUGCAAGUCCGAGUUAAGUCCCAUGUCAUUUGGGCAUCUAGCAAGUCAACUUGCAAGUUAGCUAAUUUGUAUUUUCAGAGAACAUUUUCUUGUGAACAGUACUGUGACUUAUGUUGUUAUAUAUACAUGUAUAUCUUUACCCUCUAUCCUCUGGGACACAAGUUGAAAAUUUAUCAAUUUCUGUAAAGAUGAAAACUUGUUUAAGAUUUGAAUGCUUCACCGGCCAACAUGAGUAAGACACAGAUGGAUGAUACGAUACGUUGUCAGUUAUUAAUAUCAUACUGCAGAAUUAAAGUCAAUGCGAACCGGAAGCCCUCUAGGGUCUAGCACCCACUCAAGUCCUCAAAUACUCAAAUCUGGUUGGGUUCCUUACCCAUAAUCCAUCAUUCUGAGCAGUUUAGUAGUGUUGCAGUAUAAGCCCACCUUUAUAAUAACACACUAGUAUGCUUUUCAUAUUGUAUUUCCUUAACCCCAUACUAUCCUUAAUCCCAGACUAUCUUGACCCCAUACUAUCUUUUUGGGGAUUCAAACUGUCUUUCUUUACCCCAUACUAUCUGCUUAGCUGGGGUUAACACCUUAACCCCGGACUAUCCCAUAGCUCAUGAGUAUUGAUGAUUU